AUGGCAGAGGACUCAAUGCAUCGUCAGGCAAGAUUCUGGGCAAUUGUCCUCAAUAAAUAUACCGCAUCUCAUGGGGUGACGUUUGCUAUCCACAGUAAUGAGAUCAAUGGUGGAUCCCCAACGAUAUGCGACGUCUCAAUUGAGCCAGAAACGUCUAUUGUCGACCUCCUAGCGGGUCAUUUGACGUCGACCACGUUCACUACGGCCAUGCCCAGGCAGUUCGCCUGUAAUACUGGCGUUGUUAUCGACAGGCAAGAUGGCGAAAGCAUUGAAUCUCUUCCUCCACUGCAGGUUAUUCUGCUUGCAAACACGACAUCCUCCGAAUUGUGGCUGUCAUGUUCAUCGAACAUUUCCUCGUCAUAUGCAGACAACCUCCUUUCGACCAUCGAACAGAUAAUCGAGGAAAUUUUAGAACACCCGCAUCGAGCAGUCAAAGACCUAAGUCUUUUCAGCAUCCGCAACAGUCGUCAGGUCCUUGAAUGGAACCGUCGCAUCAUGCCCAACAAUAUGGCCUCGAUGGUUGACCUGAUCCAACAACAUGCAUCGCAACGGUCAACCCACGAAGCCAUUUGUGCCUGGGAUGGUUCAUUGGCUUACGCGGAGCUUGAUAGUAUGACCACUCAGUUGGCAUACCACCUACGGACUAUGGGCAUUGGAGAGAAUGAUAAAGUGCUGCUCGGCUUUGAGAAGUCGAUGUAUGCAAUUGUCGCUUUCCUUUCCAUCCUUAAAGCAGGCGCCAUUUUUGUUCCUGUCAGUCCCGCUUAUCCUGUAGAGCGUAUGCAAGCAAUCAUCGAUGCAACUCAUCCUCGUCUUGCUCUCACCUCGCCGGAAUCCACACUGGUCUUCGAGCGUCACCAAGUUCCUGCUCUAGGCCUCAAUCAAUCUUUCAUCGCCAAGUUAUCGAUCAAGGAAGAUGAAGACCCUCUCCCUUCAUCUGACCCACAACGCGUGGCAUACAUUCUUUUCACUUCUGGCAGCACUGGUCGGCCCAAAGGUUGUGUCAUCGAACAUCAAGCGAUGGCGACUAUGAUCAGCCAAGGGCCGCCAUUUCGCAUCUACCCGUCCAGUCGUGUACUACAAGUUGCUCCGAUCAUCUUUGCCGCAUCCUCGGUUGACAUGUUCUUGCCUCUGCUUACUGGAGGGACCGUCUGCAUCGCCUCGAAACACGAUCUGAUGAACAACCUGGCAGCUACGAUGAAGCAGCUCCGGGUAACCUGGGCCUGUAUGACCCCAUCCGCUAUCACCUCUGUUGAUCCUCUGGAGCUGUCGGGACUGCAAACUCUGGGCUUGGUCGGCGAACCAGUGAGUGAUGAAUUGCUCAAUAAGUGGGCGUCUUCCGUGGAUCUUCUGUCAGGCUACGGUCUCUCGGAGAUUGUGGGUGCCGGAUGCAUCUCUUCUCUCAAGGUAGAUAUGCACCCCCGAAACAUCGGUCACUCUCCUACAGCUCAUAUCUGGCUGGCGGAUCCAACAAACAUAAACAGGCUUACACCGGUAGGCGCGAUUGGUGAAAUGCUGAUCGAGGGACCAAAUCUUGCCCGUGGGUAUCUAGAUGACCCGCAGAAGACGGCCGAUACAUUCAUCGAGGCACCGGAAUGGAUUCAAGAUUUCUAUCCUGGACGGGGUCGACGCGUCGUAAGGACGGGUGAUCUGGCUCGAUACCAUUCCGAUGGCUCCAUCGUGUAUGUCGGCCGCAAAGACACGCAAGUUAAAAUACGUGGGAAACGAGUCGAGCUGGGAGAGGUCGAAAGCAUUAUUCGCCUUCAUCAAGCACCCGGCGACAUGGUAAUUGUGGAAGCGGCAGCUCCGCUGGACGGGGAUGGCACUCCAAUGUUAAUCGGUUUCAUCCACACUUCUGGGUCCUCCGAAGGGGGAUUGGCGGAUUCCACCUCGCUUAUAGGACUACCGAAUCAAAUUUUUCAGGAGGAGACGUCGCGUCUCGAUCUGCUGGUUCGCGCAGCAUUACCGGAGUAUAUGAUACCCAGCGUGUACAUGGCACUCAAUCGCAUUCCCAAGACUGCCUCUGGGAAAACCGACCGUCGCGCGUUGCGGCUCGAGGUCGCCAGCAUGUCUAGGCAACAGAUUGAAGCCUACCACGAUGUGGGUAAUAAACCACAGGUUCGACCUCGUACUGAUGCAGAAAAUUCUGUACACGGGCUGUUUUCUCAAAUCCUGAAGCGUGAUCAAGACUCCUUUGGAAUUCACGACCAGUUUAUCCGAUUGGGCGGGGAUUCUAUCAAGGCGAUUCGUCUCGUUCAGCUGUGUCGAAAGUCUGGGUUAGCUGUCAAUGUUGCUGACAUUAUGGAACCUGGCACAGUGGCUCAACUCGCCCAGAUGGCCAAUCGUUUGCCAGAGCCUAUCCUUAGAAGUGAUAGAAGACAAGUGGAAGUCCCUAGUGCUGCCGUAACGGAGCAUUUGAUUAACUUCGGUGUUGCCGUUCAAGAAGUGGAAGCGAUGAAUCCGUGCUCCUCGAUGCAGGAUGGGAUUUUAAUUAGCCAGCUGAAAAACCCUCAGCAGUAUGCGCUGCGAGUUUUGUAUGAAGCCCGGCUGUCCAGCACCUCGUCAGAAAUAGACCUCGGCCGACUUCAAACGGCGUGGCAAUUACUGGUUCGGAGCCACCCUAUGCUGCGGACAAUCUUUGUGACCAAUGUGACACCUAGUGUGUUUGCGGUGCAAGUCCAGUUGAAGAGUGGUUCCAUACCUCGGAUCCAUGGAAUUAACGACAACUUGAAACCGGGCGAUAUUCUCGAUCAGCGCCGGGAGUGUCAGCCCCCGAGCGCGCUGCCUCAAUUUGAUCUACACGUCGCUCCGAGUGGGCGGGUUAUCAUUGAGCUUGAACUGUCUCAUGCAGUUGUUGAUGGCAUGUCCAUGUCGAUCAUAAUUCGAGAUUUGUGUAGGCUUUACGGCGAUACAAGUCCCUCUCUCUCAAUCUUCAACUUUGCCGAUCAUGUCGAAUACCAACGAAAGGUAUCUACGGAUGAUUCUGUGUCCUACUGGAAGCAAUAUCUCGAUUGCAUGGUCCCAAGCCAGUUCCCCACAACCAGUGAUGGUUCACCAGGCACGUCGAGAGAAUCCAAUCAAACGUCUCAAUUCAAGGCUGUGUCUGUAGACGUUGGCCCAGCUGCAGAGUAUCGAAAGUUUGCCCAAGAUACCGGGACAACCGUGGCAAACAUCGUAAAGCUAGCAUGGUCUCUUGUUUUGCAUGUAAUGUGCCGCACAGACGACGUAUGUUUCGGCUAUCUUACCACGAGCCGUGACGCGCCUAUUGAAGGCGCGCUAGAAGGCGUUGGGCCUCUGAUCAACUUACUGGUGUUUCGGCAGCAGCUUGGUCGUGAAUCCACCGUGGCACAAGUCUUGCAAUCCAUUCAAGCCGAUUUCAUCUCUAGUCUGCCUCACAAAGCUGUGUCUUUGAGCGAUAUUCGCCGGGCUCUAGACUUUGCCAGUGACGAGGUCAUGUUCAACACCUGCAUCAGCCAUUUCCCCGUCACCGCCCCCGAUGAAGCCGAUGACUUGCCGAUACUACUUCACGAAGUGGAGCGCCAAGAUCCCACCGAGUUUGAUAUUUCCCUCGAGAUCAUGGAGUCGGAGAAUGAAAUCCAAUCAAGUAUCAAGGCGUAUACUGGUGUGGUUUCACUAGAGCGCAUGGAGCGAGUGGCGGCGCUGUUUGAACACUUGAUGAAGACCCUCCUCGGGAACUCGAGUCGCACAAUAGGAGAGCUUGGGGUGGUUCCUGAGAAGGACUGUGCCACAAUUGGACAUCUGAACAGGAGUAUCACACAGCCUCCUAUUGAACAAUGCGUUCACGAUAUCAUCUUGCAGCAGUGCCAGAAUCGUCCUACAGCACCGGCUAUUUGUGCCUGGGAUGGAGACUGGACCUAUGGCGAUUUAGAUCGCUUUUCUUCAUCUCUAGCCCAACAGCUACAGUCACAGGAUGUUGUGCCUGAGAUUUUCGUGCCAGUUUUAAUGGACAAGAGUCGCUGGGUUCCCAUUGCCGUACUGGGAAUCCUCAAAGCCGGAGGAGCUUUUGUCCUUCUCGAUCCCACACAGCCAAUCCAGCGACUCCAAGAUAUCUGCAUUGAUCUGAAGCCCAAUACCAUCUUGGCGUCGCCAGAAUACCGUGCCACUGCCGCUGCCCUUGUCAGCAGCGUUGUCGUGGUUGGAAACGACCAGUCCCCUACUCUUGAGGUUGCCGAGCUCGACAAGGUUCCUAAGGUAGCAGUACACCCACGAAAUGCAGCGUAUGCAGUCUUCACUUCCGGAUCCACGGGAAAGCCAAAAGGAGUUGCGAUUGAGCACCGUUCCCUGUGUACUAGUGCAGCUGCGAUGAUGGAGCACUUGCCCUUGAACAUCGACACGCGAAUGUUUCAAUACGCUUCACAUGCGUUCGAUGUGAGCGUUUUAGAUCUCACCGUAUGUCUUAUGGCUGGAGGUUGCCUAUGCAUACCAUCAGCUGAGGCCAGACAAAAUCGCCUAACGGAAAGUCUCAACGAUUUUUCUGUCAGCCUCGUCGCCCUAACUCCAACCGUCACUCGAACUAUACAGCCAGAGCGCUUGACGUCCCUCAAAACCUUGAAAGUUAGCGGUGAAGCGCUAUCGUCCUUUGACAUUCAACGGUGGAAGAGUGCAGCCCCUCAUAUUCAGAUCGUCAACAUGUAUGGGCCCGCAGAAUGUACAAUCAACGUCACGGUGCAAGGUCCUAUUGGGCCGACAUCCUAUCCUUCGAACAUUGGGUAUCCGAUGUCUAGUGCCACCGCAUGGGUGGUUGAUUCCGAGAACCACAACAGACUGCUUCCCAUGGGAGCUGUGGGAGAACUAGUGAUACAAGGCCCUGUAGUGGGUCGUGGCUACCUCAACCGCCCUGAGCAGACAGCUGCAUCAUUUAUCCCGCCGCCAAGUUGGUUAUCACAAUUCAAACCGGUGGCAGCCGAUGAUGAGAGACUGUACAAGACUGGGGAUCUUGUUCAGUACGCUGCAGACGGCUCGAUGCAUUACAAGGGACGCAAAGACUUCCAGGUCAAGCUUCGCGGACAACGACUUGAACUAGGUGAAGUUGAAGCGCAACUUCGUUGUGUGUUCCCCGAUGCCUCUGAUGUAAUCGCCGAGGUAGCAUCUUUGAACCAAGGCAAAACGACAGCCCUGGUUGCGUUCAUCCAUCAACCAUGCUGGGGUAAUAACCCGGACUUAAUUACGUCUUCGGGAACCGGGGUUGACGACUCCAAUUUUGGCUUACUGCACGCUCCUUGUGAGGCAUUCGAUCAGGCAGUCGCGCAAGCGAAAGUUACGCUGGCUGCCGCUCUUCCAAGCUAUAUGGAACCCAGCAUCUAUUUACCGCUCGUUCAGAUACCCAGAUCUCGGAGUGGUAAAGCUGACCGCGGCCAGUUACGGCAGAUAGUCAACACUGGACUCCAUGAGCGCUGGACAGGUGAUGCCAGCACAGUGACGAUUCCCCAGAGAAGACCAAAAACCGAGAUGGAAGUUAUUUUGUGCUCUGCUGUUGCUGAUGUUCUAGGUCUGUCGGAGGCAGAUAUCAGUGCAGAGGACAGUUUCUUCCGCCGUGGAGGCGACUCAGUCGCAGCGAUGAUGUUGGUUGGAAGUUUACGAGAGCAGCGUUGCCAUCUCACGGUUGCGGACAUAUUCGAGCAUCCUCGGUUGGACAUUCUGGCUACCAAAAUGCAUCGAGCGCUUCCCUCAAGUGUUGUCAAGAUCCCGCUACCUUUCUCUCUCCUUGGAGACGAUACAAGCUCCCAUCAAGCGGUUAUCGAACAAGCAAUGAAACAGUGUACCGCUGCACAAGACGAAAUCGAGGAUAUUUACCCCUGCUCACCACUCCAACACGCGUUCUUCCUCUUCAGUAGUACCCGCGAGGAGGGCACCCUGAUUGCACGGUUUGCGUACAGUCUACGACCAGAAAUAAACCUUGAUAGGCUGCAAAAGGCCUGGAGCGAGACCACGAAGGCGCACCCGAUGUUGCGAACGCGAAUCAUCCAAGUCGACGGUAAAUCCAGCCUACAUCAGGUGGUUCUCCGUCGCACAACAGACAUCGAGUACUACGACUCGGAUGAGCCAAACUAUGCCCCUGACCUGCCAAUUGAAGUUGCGCCUGGUAAUCCACUACUGAGAAUUUCUGUGGUGCGCCGGUCAUCAUCCGCGCAACAGCAACACCGGCUUGUUAUCAGCUUGCAGCACUCCCUCUACGACGGAUGGUCUCGAGCAUUAUUCAUGCAAGAGCUUGAGCGAGCCUAUUUUGGCCUUGCCUUGCUUCCUUUGCCUGUCUCCUCAUUUAUCGGACAUCUAGACCAGGCCAAUGAAGGAGCCAGGCAGUUUUGGACAUCAGAGCUGAUGGAUCUUCGGAGUACAAUAUUCCCUCAAAUUCCCUCAGCCUACACUCCUCAUCCAAGUGCCACCUUGGUUCGAAAUGUCGCUAUUCCGAAACUCGCAUCUCCCCAGAUUACCCUAUCAACCAAGAUUCGGUGGGCAUGGGCCCAGGCCAUAUCGCUCCAGACUAGCAACUCCGAGGUAGCAAUGGGCCUAGGAACAGCCGGACGAGGGACUCCAGUUGCAGGAAUCGAGAAGAUGGUCGCGCCAACAAUGGCCAUCUUCCCCUAUCGGCUUCACAUCAACCCUAAACAGAGAGUUAUCGACGCUCUUCAUGACUCCCAACAUCAUUAUAGCCAAAUCUUGCCACACGAGCACUACGGCACGCCAAAUAUCUGUCGCGUUGCGACAGGCCCGACGUCUCCCGCCGCGAUCCAAACGCUUUUGAUUGUUCAACCACAAGCGGAACAGAGUCCUUCCUCACUGUAUCUUGAAGAAGAGAUGCUUCCUCAGACGGGGGCCUUCCAUGUGCGUGCACUGACGUUGCACUGUCACCUACAAGAAACGUCCGUCGAGACUGUCGCCUGCUAUGACGACAAGGUCAUUUCGGAGAAGGAAAUGCUUCGAGUACUUUCUAUGUUUGAUUUGAUCUUUGAGCAGGUCUGUCAGGAGCCUAGUAUACUUGUUGAGGAGUUGAAGGUGGUUCCAGCUCAGGAGUAA